CUCAGAUGGCUCCUGCAAAGAAAGGUGGCGAGAAGAAGAAGGGACGCUCCGCCAUCAAUGAGGUGGUAACUAGGGAAUAUACCAUCAACAUUCACAAGCGGAUUCAUGGCGUGGGCUUCAAGAAACGAGCACCGCGUGCUCUCAAGGAAAUCCGUAAAUUUGCGAUGAAGGAAAUGGGUACUCCUGAUGUUCGCAUUGACACCAGAUUGAACAAAGCAGUCUGGGCUAAAGGAAUAAGGAAUGUUCCUUACCGUAUCCGUGUGCGUUUGUCCAGAAAGCGCAAUGAGGAUGAAGAUUCACCAAACAAGUUAUACACACUGGUUACCUACGUACCAGUCACAACAUUCAAAGGUCUACAGACAGUCAAUGUGGAUGAAAAUUAAACUGAUUUUCAUUACAAUAAAGGAUAAAAAGAAAGUUUACUC